AUGUCUUCCCACGGCUGGAGCCCCAUUGUUGGAUUUUACGGGAUGCUUUGCGUCUGGGCUGCCUGGCUUUCAGGCUCCGGGGCUGUGUUGUCUCCAAACGGGACGAUAUUUGAGGACAACUGCAAGAAAACGACAACUUGCGAGGCACUUAAAUACAACACAUGUCUGGGAUCUCCUUUACCGUAUACACAUACUUCUCUGAUCCUGGCGGAGGACUCCAGCACCCAAGAAGAGGCUUUUGAGAAGUUGACCAUGUGGUCUGGUUUGCGGAACGCUCCUCGCUGUUGGUCGGUCAUCCAGCCACUGCUCUGUGCCGUCUACAUGCCCAAAUGUGAGAAUGGGCGAGUGGAGCUGCCCAGCCAGAGCCUGUGUCUGGCUACACGUCAGCCCUGCAGCAUCGUGGACCAGGAGAGAGGAUGGCCCAGCUUCCUCAAAUGUGACAAGUUCCCCGUGGGAUGUUCGAACGAGGUGCAGAAGCUGAAGUUUAACACAUCGGGCCAGUGUGAAGCUCCUCUGGUGAAGACGGACAUUCAGUCGAGCUGGUACAAGGAUGUGGAGGGCUGCGGCAUCCAGUGUGACAACCCUCUGUUCACUGAGGCCGAGCACAACAACAUGCACGUCUACAUCGCUUACUUCGGCACCAUCACCCUCCUCUGCACCUUCUUCACCCUGGCCACAUUUCUCGCCGACUGGAAAAACUCAAACCGCUACCCAGCCGUCAUUCUCUUCUACAUCAACGCCUGUUUCUUCGUGGGCAGUAUUGGCUGGCUGGCUCAGUUCCUGGAUGGAGCACGCAAGGAGAUUGUGUGCAAGAGUGACAACACCAUGCGACUCGGGGAGCCCUCGUCUUCAGAGACACUGUCAUGUGUCACCAUCUUCAUCAUCGUUUACUACUCCCUGAUGUCAGGUGUGAUUUGGUUUGUCAUGCUGACCUAUGCCUGGCACACAUCCUUCAAAGCCCUGGGCACCACCCACCAGCCGCUGUCUGGCCGAACCUCCUACUUCCACAUGGUCACCUGGUCCAUCCCCUUCGUCCUCACUGUGGCCAUCCUGGCGAUCGCUGAGGUCGACGGAGAUUCAGUGAGUGGGAUUUGUUUUGUCGGCUACAAAAACUACAGAUACCGCGCUGGAUUUGUGCUGGCACCUAUUGGUGUUGUGCUUGUCGUCGGCGGCUACUUUCUCAUUCGGGGUGUCAUGACCCUGUUUUCCAUCAAGAGUAACCACCCAGGACUACUGAGUGAGAAAGCAGCCAGCAAAAUCAACGAGACCAUGCUGAGACUGGGCAUAUUUGGGUUCCUCGCUUUUGGCUUUGUUUUCAUCACCUUCGGGUGCCACUUUUACGACUUCUUCAACCAGGCUGAAUGGGAGAGGAGCUUCAGAGAAUACGUGCUGUGUGAAGCCAACGUGACGAUCGCCUCUCAGACCAACAAGCCAAUCCCAGAAUGCACCAUUAAGAACCGGCCAAGCCUCAUGGUGGAGAAAAUCAACCUGUUCUCCAUGUUUGGGACUGGAAUCGCCAUGAGCACCUGGGUGUGGACCAAAGCCACCAUCCUCAUCUGGAAACGCACCUGGUGCAAGAUUAUUGGCCGCAGCGACAAUGAACCCAAGAGGAUCAAGAAGAGCAAGAUGAUUGCCAAGGCGUUUGCAAUGAGGAAGGAGCUCCACAAGGACCCUGAAAAGGAGCUGUCGUUCAGCAUGCACACUGUGUCUCAUGACGGGCCCGUGGCUGGAAUCAAUUUUGACCUCAAUGAGCCAUCCAAUGACAUGUCAUCAGCCUGGGCACAGCAUGUGACUAAGAUGGUGGCCAGGCGAGGUGCCAUCCUGCCGCAGGACAUUUCUGUCACACCUACUGGUACACCAGUGCCACCUCCAGAGGAGAGGAACAGACUGUGGAUGGUAGAGGCUGAGAUUUCACCAGAGAUGAUUAAGAGGAAAAAGAAGAAGAAGAAGAGGAAGAAGGAGGUGCGUCCAGUGAAGGAGGUGGUGGACCACCAGGCUUAUCAUCAGCGUGAGUUUGGCCGCAGCUCAGUGCCUCGCCUGCCCAAACUGCCUUGCCACCCGAGCCUGGUUGCCAAUCUGCGGGAACAGCAGAGGCAACAGCAGAAGCUGGAGGAGGAAGUCCUGCCAGGGUCCUACCCAGACUUCCAACCCUCACACCCUCUGUCCUGUGAGGACAGAUGUCCCUACCCCUACCAGAGCAGUCAGAACAGCUACGGCCACAGGCUGCUCUCUAAUCCUCUGACCCUCAACGAUCGUCCGGAGGAUCUGGGUCUCGGCCCACGCUGCCCCCCCUCAACUUCCACCUGGCAGCCUAGAGGAACUUCUCACUACCCCAGGGAGGUGGAUCUCAGCGACGGGCUGUCAGAGAGGUUGGCCCACGUGGCUCGGGUACCAGCGGGCCGGAGGGCCGGCUAUGGUCCCAUCCACUCCCGGACGAAUUUAAUGGAGGCGGAGCUUAUGGAUGCUGACUCUGACUUCUAAGAGCAAAGCGCCAAUCAAUUCUGUUUGUUUCUUUGUGGUACACAGACUGUAAGCUAUAAAAAGUGCUGGAUACUUUCAAAAUUCUUACUACAGUGCACCUAGACUCCAAUGCCCAGAGGUCAAGAUGGAACUAAGCUGGUCAUUUUUUAUUUUCUUUGAUUUUGUUUGUUUGUUUGUUUGUUUGUUUGUUUUUUAGAAAAAGCAAAAGGAUAAAGUGAAAAAAUAUGUUGUGAAUAAGUUAAUGAAAAACUAUUUUUUGUACUUUAUUUGUGUCCAAUAAAAUUUCAAAGGCAACUCCAUGAUGAUGAGACAAAUGAGGCAGCUAAACUGUACAUGGCUUGAAACAAUAUAGAUACCGUUAGUCUGAAACGCUACCAGCUCAACCCUGCUUGUGACAACAUUAAACUCUAAACGUGGCAGGGUUAUUAGUCCUGUUGGUGUCAGACAAGUUGUUGGUCAAAAUUGCAACUGACCCAGUCAACUCAUUUUGGGAUUACUAGAAAGGGCACUACAUUUAAGGUUUUUAAGGUGUAAUCCUAGAAAACUAUUUGAAAGUCAACAGUAUUCUAACUAAUCAUAAUUAUUUGAACUGUCCCAGUGCAGUAAAAACACGACUCACACAGGUUACAGGUUUAAAAAGCUGCUUGCAAAUACUGUUGAACCCAGGUCUUCUCUUGUAUUAUAUUUUAAAGUUUUUAAGGCUCUGUUCCCUCCACUAUUUAGCCAGUAAUUAAUUGUGUUUAUGUACAGUUAACUUCAUGUACUAACCAUUAUCACCUAUGCCCUGUUAGUGCUAUCAUCACUGCUUUGAGAGGUUUCUUUAAGAAUUUGGAAUACACUCUGGGACUUCAACUGAAACCAGGAAGUACCAAAAGAAAUGGUAACACAACAUGUGUUUGGUUUUAAGUGAACACAUCAGUUUCUCAGCUUUACACUGUGAUAAUUUACUUCAGUUUUCAUCAGAAUUACCCAAAUUAUUACCUUAUAGUUAAUACUUCUUAUCUAAUAGUAACAUUUAAAAAAAAUCUAAUUAAAUGUUACUGAGCUAAAAUACA